GUCCAAGCUCUGGACGCGCCUCGGUGUCUGCACCGUCCCGGUCCUCGCGACGCUCCUCGGCACAUGGGGCCCUCUUCGGGAGGUAGACGUGGUGGCUGACAUGCUGCUCACGGUCGCUAACUACUGCAUCGUGGAGAUCCCUGUCCUCGGUUGUAAGUUUGAAGAGACGGCAGCCGCGUGGCCAAACGCCCGCGACCUCUUGCCUCGCUACGCGACGGCGACGUACGGCGACAUCGACGACGUGAAGCAGCACCUGCUGAACGACGUUGCGGUGUUGGUGGUUGCAAGCGGCGCGGCGCACACGUUUGCCUCCUUCGUGCAGAGCUUCUUGGUGACGAGUCCCGCAACCUUCCACCACCUCUCGAGCGUCACCCAGCUGGCUCGGGCACUGUCCACUCAUGGCGCUCUUGGUGUCGGUCGUGCGAUCGCAGGCACCGCGCUCACGACGGUCCACGCCGAGAUGGCCAACUGGACGUGCUUUCUCGAGUGCUCGUGUGCCCCCUGCACCGGCUUGCGCGUCUUCUUGAACGA